CCUUCUUCUUUCCCUAUCCAUCUCCCUCUUCUGCCUCUCCUCUUCUCUUCUCUUCUCUUCUCUUCUCUUCUCUUAACUUAUACUAGUAAUAGACGUACAGAUAUACAGAGAUACGUAGAAUUCGUCUCUGUGAAUACAGUAGAUACUUGACUUCUAUAUGUAGAAUCCGAACUUGUUCAUUCCAAUAUCUAACAUCAAACUUCUCCGCAUCUGAUCCCCCCCGUAUUCCCAUUCCCACAAAAUUAAGCAAGGGCGGAACCGUAAUUCUGCUCCACCCGUUACCAAAUGGACUCACCGAGGAUGAAAGCAGCAGCAUCCUCGGCGCGAGAUACCACCAACUCAUCGUCAGCAACAUCCCGGCAACCUCUCGCCGGUGCCGCCACGUCGUCGGGGAGGUCGUCGGUCAUCGAGUCCUUGAAAGGGUGCACUCUGGCGGGUAUCCGGAUCCCAAAAGAGGAGCUACGGAAGAAGAUCACUAUUCCGGAAUAUCUACGGAUAGCCAUGAAAGAAUCCAUUUUUGCUAAAGAUGUAAAUGCCCCCGCCGCCAAGGUUCUUUUCGACGCCGCGCAUGCUGCCGGCGCCGAGGCUUCGACCCCGCCGGAGGGCCCACUUAUCGUUUUUAUUAAUUCCAAAAGCGGUGGGCGACAUGGGCCGGAGCUUAAAGACCGGUUGCAGUGUCUCAUGGGUGAAGAACAGGUUUAUGACCUAUCCCUUGUGAAGCCACAUGAAUUUGUUCAGUAUGGAUUGGGUUGCCUGGAGAAGUUCUCUACUCUUGGCGACAGCUGUGCUAAUGAGGUCCGACAGAAGCUUAGGGUGGUGGUUGCAGGUGGUGAUGGAACUGUAGGAUGGGUGCUUGGAUGUCUAGGGGAGCUGCAUAAACAGGGCCGCAAUCCAGUUCCAGCUACAGCAAUUAUUCCACUUGGUACAGGAAAUGAUCUAUCAAGGAGUUUUGGUUGGGGUGGUUCAUUUCCUUUUAACUGGAAAUCAGCCAUCAAACGAACACUUGAUAGCGUUCCAAAUGGUCCAACAUGCCGGCUUGAUAGUUGGAAUCUUGUUCUAUCAAUGCCUGCUGGUGAAGCAUUGGAGACUCCUUAUUCUUUGAAGCAGUGUGAAGAGAUAGCUCUUGAUGAGGGAUUGGAGGUUGAAGGGGAGCUGCCGGAGAUGAUGUCUUGCUAUCAAGGGGUCUUCUAUAAUUACUUUAGCAUAGGGAUGGAUGCCCAGGUUGCCUAUGGCUUCCACCAUUUACGCAAUGAAAAGCCUUAUCUUGCUCAAGGUCCUCUCUCUAACAAGUUAAUUUACUCAGGAUAUAGUUGCAAGCAAGGAUGGUUCUUCACACCCUGCAGCAGUGAUCCAAGUUUGAGGGGACUUAAGAACAUUCUGAGGAUACACAUAAAGAAGGUCAAUUGUUCAGACUGGGAGCAAAUCCCUAUCCCAGCUAGUGUUAGAUCUGUAGUUGCUCUAAAUCUUCCUAGUUAUGGAAGUGGAAGAAACCCAUGGGGAAAUUUGAAGCCAGACUAUUUGGAAAAGAAAGGCUUCGUUGAAGCGCAUGCUGAUGAUGGUUUGCUAGAAAUUUUUGGUCUGAAGCAUGGAUGGCAUGCUUCAAUGGUUAUGGCUGAAGUGAUCUCUGCCAAACACAUUGCACAGGCUUCAGCUAUUCGUUUUGAGCUCAGAGGGGGAGAAUGGAAAGAAGCUUUCAUGCAGAUGGAUGGUGAGCCAUGGAAACAGCCAAUAAACCAGGAUUUUUCGACAUUUGUUGAAAUGAAGAGGGUACCUUUUCAGUCAGUUAUGGUUCAUGGAGACUAAAUUCAACAGCUCCUCUGGUUUUCUGGACAACUAUGAAUGACAUUGCGGGAGGUUGUCUGCCUGUGAUUAUUGUAAAUCUUUUUUUUUUUUUUUUUUUUGAACCUAAUGUUAUAAAGUUUACUGCCUUGACUAUUUGUGUACAAACACCGCAGUUCUCAACCCAUGUAACUAAAGUCCCCGUUGCACGCUUGGUUGUCUGCAACAGUUUCACAUUUGCAUUAGACUUAGUAAUAUUAAGAUUUCAUCAAAGAAUUGCAAAGGUCUUGCUUUACUUCAUAAAUUUCUGUAUUUCUCAAUUAUUAAAGACCAUUGGUACAAUGAGUUUUCA